AGUGGUUAGCGGCCGUCGCGACGACGUCAUUCAACGUCCGUUCGUCGACGCUCGUGGAAAAUAAAAAAAAAAAUUGAAAAUCGUGGAAAAAAAAGUGAAAAUCUCCGGUUGAUACUAAAACAACGCGUCGUGUCCAUCAUUUUUUGUUGUCUUUUGGUUUUCCUAUGUUAAGUUUGUCCGGGCCGAUGAUUGAUUGAUAAACUGGUGUUUGUUGUUGAUGUUGUGGUGGUGCAUCGGCGGUCGGUUCCAUGGCCGCCAUGGAUUACGGUGCUAAAGGAAUAUUGUUGAUGAUAAUAAUAAAGAAGAAAAGUGUGGCUGUGCAAAUAUUGUGUCUGAUUACCGUUAGUCUAGUCAAGUGAACGUAACUUAAGUGUGCAUGCUGUGAUAAGGAAUUUCUGGAUCGGAGAUUGUGAUGCUGGAUCACACCAGCGCGAUGUAUUUGAACGUUACCCCGCCGUACGAAGACGACGCGUCUUUCUUUCCAGAUUUCUAUUCACGGGUUGGCUCCUGCGAGCUCCAAGACCCGUCGUGGAGUAAGAUGAACAGCGUUAGCGGCCAUAAGCAGAAAAGGAAAAAGUCGGACAAUAAACCGCAAACUCAAAUAAACAAAUGCAACAAUGAAAAGCGACGCAGAGAGCAAGAGAACAUCUACAUAGAGGAGCUGGCCGAACUUAUUUCCGCCAAUUUCGCGGACAUGAGUUCGCUGUCAGUCAAGCCGGACAAGUGCGCGAUUCUUCAGGAAACCGUCAACCAAAUACGUAGGAUUAAGCAGCAGGUCAGUACGCACCGAACUUUCAUUCGAAACAAACAUCGUUGUAUGAAUUUCCAGGAUAUCGCUAGUCACCAUAAUUCAGACCCCGUACAGCAAGGAGAAGUAUCGUCCUCGAGACCCACCAUAUUGUCGAACGAUAUUUAUGGCCCUCUGCUCUUGGAGGCCUUGGAGGGAUUCUUGUUUGUCAUCAACAGUGAAGGCAAGGUUGAACACGUGACCGAAAACGUGUCGAAUUACAUAAAAUACACGAAAGAGGAGAUCAUCGGGAAGGCGAUCUACAAUUUUAUGCACUUGGGGGACCACGCCAAGUUCCACUCGAACCUGUUGCCGAUGACAAUUGAAUGGGGAGGCAGCACCGAGCAGCCGCCUCCCGCUAGAUCGAAAUCGAUCGACGUCAGGUUGUUAGUUAAGGCGGACGAUCUGGACGAAACCGUCGAGGAGAAGAACCAGAGGGUGCCGUUUUACGAGCUUAUGCACAUCUCGUCAACGCAGCUGCGCGACACCAUAAGCGUAUCGUCAGGGGGCGACGCGGACGACGUCGACGAGACAGAGGAAGAGGGAGGGUUGGGGGGCGGCGGGGGCGGCGGUCCGUGCGUGUUGUGCGUCGCGUCGCGCAUCUCGCACCGCGACAAGGCGUCCUGCUACUUCGAGCAAUUCACCACGAAACUGGACACGAGCGGGAAAAUAAUCGGGGUGGACACGUCGGGAGUGACGAGCGAGUGCGUCGCGCAGGCGCUCCGCAAAGACUUCAAGGGUCGCGUGUUGCGCGACUUGGUGCCGUCGCAGGACGCGCCUAAGGUGACGCAGCACCUUAAAGAGACGCUCGGCGCCGGGACGUCGAUCAGUGCCGUUUACCGGAUCCAGAUUAUGCCCGACAAGUUGGUGCCGGUACAGACGAAAUCGAAAUUCUUUAAGACGAACCCGCACGGGACCAGCGACGCCGAUUUUAUUAUGGCCACGCAUUCGAUUAUCGGUGAUAACGAUACGUUAGACCCGGGCGGAGGCAUCGGAGGUCCCCUGAUGACGAGUAUAGUGAACGGAGCUGGAACCUCCUCCUCCUCCUCCUCGUCCAGGAAUGGUCCGUCGACCGCCUCCUCGGACUCCGCCCCUCCCUCAACCUCCUCUACCUCCACCGGGGGCGGCGGCGGUAACGCGAUGCAGGUGCAAACCGCCCCCGCGGGUGCUUUCACGCCCGAAUUCUUGGAAAACGAUUUUCCAUCGUUGGAAUUUUCUUCGGCCACGUGGGACUUGGAAACCGGGUGGCCCACGGAGACCACCACCACCAGACCGAGUUCCAGACAAACCGUCUCUACGCCUAGUUCCAGGCCGCCUAGUAAUCCUCCUUACAGUAACGCCCCGACCAUGGUCCAAAGCCCGUUGGCCCACUAUUCGUCCCAACCGAGUCCUGUGAACCAACACCACCAGCAGCAGCAACAGCAGAACCAACAAAACAGUACCACUGCCGGAAACUUUAUGCAGCACUUCUCCGUGCUGGACUACCAGGAACAACACGCGGCGGUGUUCGGCGGUACCAUCGAAGAACCCAAAGACACCAAAACGAAGGAGGAUUCCACACCGCACGUAGAACCUCAAAGGUUAAGGAGUCUCUUGACCAACCCACCUACCUCAAGCAGUAGUAGUAGCAGUAGCGGCGGUGGUGGUAACCAAUCGCAGGACGAUAACCGAGACCGCAUUCUCAAGGAGUUGCUUAACCAGAAAGACGACGAUCACGGACUCAAAUCGGAAUCGGGAAAAAUCGGACGUUUGAUCGGGGUGCGGGGGACGAUGCAGGACGUCCCCAAAGCCUCUUCGUCCACUGGGAAUAAUAUGUUAAGAGAGUUGCUCAACGACAAAAACGAUGACGACGAGAUCGAGACUAAGGCGGGCAUGAAAAAGGGCAGCGAGCUGCUGCAGGAGCUGCUCAAGAAGAAGGACCACGACGAGGACGAUGACAAAAAGAACGGGAACACGCCCCACGAGGAUGCCCUCCUCAAGACCCUCGGGUUCCCCACUUCCGCCCCCAACGACCGAAGGGGCGCGAAACGCUCCAUCGACGACUCGAAGGACGGCGGGGAUCAUCGGCAGGGCGGCAAACGGAACAUGUCCGGCGCCCACCACGUCUCCUCCUCAGGCUCGUCGGAAAAGAGCGAAAUUUACCAGAAGAACCGGAUGUUGGCGCUACUGUUGGAGAAUCCCACCCCGCCCCCGCCGGCCAUACCGCCGUUGCCCGCGAGCAUCAUUUCCGCCACUCCGCAGGAGAAGUUGCCCAGGGUCAUCACCGAUCCCUCCAAGGUCAUGGGCUCCUCGAUGACAGGUGGUGCCAAUGUGAGAACCAUCGGCUCUCAUAAGUAUAAUGCCGCCAGACAGCAGCAGAACCAUUUUGGGAAUAAUAACACUAAUAAGCCGAUUACUAACUUUUACCCGUCGUCUACCUCAGGGGGCGGGGGCGGUAACGAGAACUCUGGCCAUAUCUGGAGCGACAACAACAACAUCCAGGGUUUCUCCGAUCCGGACUUGUCCGCUCUACUGGACGACGUGAUCGAUUUCGUGCCCGACCACAACAUCCUGCCGAUCCUGGAGAGCAGCCACGAGCACUUCAGCCAACCAAACAACCAGGCAACCAAUCAAAUGAGCGAAAAGAACGCGAUCAAGAACAUCCAGAAGUUGCUGGAACAGUGCGAGAAAUCGGUGCCCUCCCCUAACGUCUCUUUACCGGCACGUCCGCCUGCUUAUUCGGUCGCUAAUAUCUCAUCCGGCCAACAGAACAGCAUGGGCUACCAUCCGCCCCCGAACUACCCUCAGGGCAAAUAUCCCCGCGCCCUAAGCGGGGGUCGCGCCUCCCAGUUCACCAAUUCGAAUUUGACCGUGCAACAGCAGCAGCUGCUUGAGCAGCAACGCAAAAUGCAGCAGCAAAGACAGGCGGAGGAACAGAAACGUCGUCUGUUACAAUUACAGGAACGUCAACAGUUGCUAAUUCCGUCCAACGCAACCGCAGCCGAACUGAACUCGAUCCAAAACAUCGACAACUUACUGAACAACACGGUCGCCCCGAAUGUCACCCUGCAACGGUCCAACAGCGUGCCCCAAGAGUCCCAACUGUCUCCCGGCUACACGAACCAAUUGACCCAACAAGCGACUCAUCAGCGAAACCAGCAGCAGCAGCAGCAGCCGCCCUUUUCCCCACAGAUGCCCUCGCCAUUGGGCGUGCAACAGUCGCCCAACUUUCAACAGCAACGGAUGUCGCCCCAAUCGCAGUUCGCCGCCCAAUUAUCGCCCCGCUUAAGUUUCCCGGGGGAGCAACAGUCGCAGCAGCAGCAGCAGGGCGGAGGCGGUGCCGCCCCCCAGGGGCCGAACACUAAUUGGGCCUCGCAGCAGAGACUUACCGCGCAGAAUCCCAUGUUAAAUGCUCAACUGACCGGAAGUUUACCGCGAGGCGCGAGCUUCCAAAGGUCCCCGGGAGGCCAGCAGAGGUCGUUGAGCAGUCCGGGGGGCGGCGGCGGGGCGGGGGGAGGCCCCCGGCACUCUCCGUUCAACGAGCAGCAACAGUUCGCCUCCCCGUCCUCCCCCAACGCCACCUACAGUCAGACCCAGUAUCUGCAACGGCUGCAGCGGGCCAACAGCGUUCCUACCUCAAAUCCUCAAUUGUCCGGUUCCCCCCGUCUUUAUCACGGCAACGCCGGCCCGUUAUCGUAUCCCCCGCAAAAUCACCCCCACCAGUCGGCCCCGCCCAGCCCCAUGAUGUAUCCCCCGGCACUUCAUCAUCCCCAUCAACAACAACAACAGCAGGACUCCUCCCCAUUUAAUAGUAGUUAUAACGAUCAACAAACGCCCCAAAUGAACGUUUACGAACGCAGGGGCAGCACCCCUUCACAAACUGGCUCCUCGUCUGGCGGCGGCGGUAAUACCGGGAACCCCACGAGCGAAUUCGUGCGUCAAGAGUUAAGGGCGGUUGUGGGGGCGCGUACCGCCCAAGGAGCGGGACCCCGGCCCACCGCCUCGGAUUCCUCUGCCGCCCCCCAACUUCAGCAACUCGCCCAGCAAGGCAACGUCGAUCUCGAAGCGUUGGGGAUCUCCUUUGAAAUGCCACCCGGUGCGAGGGGUGAGAGUCCGAAAUUGUGGGGCGCGAUCGGCUCCGAAAUGGCCUCAGUCUCGCCGCAGCCUCAGGCUACGACCAGGACUAUUAUGGAGGAAGGACGACAAGGUGAUCAACACAGCAAGACGUCGUUGUUGCAACAACUCUUGUCGGAUCAGAGUAAAUAAUGAAAAUAGCACGUUUCGUUCGAUGAGUGAAAUCCGUCAGCGGGGCUGGAGCUUAAUAAAGACAGAAAUGCUAAUAAUAAUAUUAAUUAAUUAACGCACUGUAUAUAAAGGAAAAUGUGCGGUACGUCGCACUUGGUGUUACGAUAAAUAACGAUGAAAUGAGAAACAAAUGGGGUGAGAAAUGUCUUCACUUUUACAAUGAUUGUACGUAGAGAUAUUGAGACUAGGAUCUCCAGAAAAUGUUUUACCCUAAUUGUUUCUCGGGAUCAUAUAAUUUUAGGUCUAAAGUUACUAAAGGGCUAAAACUGGUGUUUUAGAGAGGAUCCGUCUGUCUAUGUUAUAAUAACCCAUUACGAAAUGUCACGUUUCGUAUUUACAUGCUGUAAAUAUAAACCUACCUACCUACCUUACUUAUUAGAUACUAUAUUAAAAAAAAAGAAGAAACAGUUGUCUAUAGUAUGUAUGUAUGUAUGAACCAAAGAGAUGCCGCUCGUACGUUAUAGUAUUGCUCAUUGUAUAUUUAAUAAUAAAUAUUAAUCCGAUAGCAAGCAGGAGUUCGCUAAAACACUCGUUAUUUAAAAAAUGUUGUAUUUAAUGCUAAAACUAAUUUAUAUUGGAAAGAUGAACUGGAACAAUGUGCUAAGUGAUCAGGAGCGUGAUAUACAUAUAAAUUACCCUUUCGACGAGAUAUUUAAAAAAAGAAACGAUCUUUUGUGAUCCAGAGUUAUAAUUCUACCGGGUACCUCAUUCGUUAAGGCUAUAUUGACGCUAUUGUGUGAAAAGAGAACCAAAAUUACAAAAAAAAACUACCGUUUUGAGGCACACUUAUCUUGUGUUAAGGCUAAAUUAAAACAUCCACAUGCACUAAAUUAGAAUGAAACAAACAAGCUAUUUUUGUUUUUAAAACGCGUUAAAAUAACCUUAAAUACGCAGGCUGUAAUCCAUACAGGUUAGCUGUAUCAAAAGUGCAUUACUAUAUAAAAAUAUUCACUUGUUGCGUUAGAGUAUAUUUAGUUAAGGGGUAAACAGAUGGUGCGAGACCCAGGACUCGAAUAAUCGCUUGUACAUAACGACGUAUGUAGAUGGAACGAUGUUAAAUAUCUCUUGUAUAUUUAUUAUAUUUUCUUAUUGGACGUAUUUGGUGUCCUGUGGUCGAGUGAAGCUCCGAUCUUCUCCACUUUAUUGGAUGGGAGAAUAUCGAGGUUCGGUUUGGAAAGUUUGGAUAGAUUCGCACCAUCGAAAAAAAAAACACUUUGAAGGAUAACUGUUAAUAUUUUAUACAUAAUUUAACGUACGUUAUUUAGGAUUCGUUUUUUGUUGGAUAUUGUGAUAGGCAGAAGCCAUGUUACUGUUACUGGAUUCGUCGUCCGUACGAGUUCAGAGUUUGUUUAAGUAAAAAAUAGCAUUCAUACUUCUGGAUGAUUAUAUUGUCAAUUAUCCACUGCAUCCCUUCCUCCUCUCCCCCCACCCUCUCCCACAAACUUUACGAGUAAAAUAACUUAAAAAAAAAAUGGAACAAAUUGACAGAAAUAAACAUUAUUUAAUGACACAGAUAUUUUUUGUACAUUAGUGGUGUUUUGAAAAAUCUAUAUACAUAUAUAUUAAAUAAAACAUAAAAAUUUCA